AUGGCGGAUCUCCUUCCUCGACUUUUGUCCUUUCCUUCCUCAUCGCCCACUGCUUUCGAGGAUGGCUACAAUCUCCAUGUUCGCGAAUUUAUAGCGUCUGUGAACGAGCUCCUUCCAGCUACUAUUGAUGGAUCGGCACUCAAACUGGAUUCUAUUCUCGAGCAUGUCGAUCCUUCGAUUCAUUCCUUGUCGUAUCUCUUGGUCCUGCAUUUCCAUGGAAAAACGGUCGAAAAGUCUCCUCACACCGUUGCUGCGAGCGACACAAGGCUAGGUGGUAGCUUUUGGGCGAGAUGCCUGUUAUUUUUGAGAACAUUCGACCCAGUUCAAGUCAGGCAUGCGGCAAAUGAAUGGCAUAAGCUGGUCGGGUAUGUUGCCAGAUCAGCUGAGAGGGGAAAUAAGCCAUUUCUUGCGGUUCGACCCAUCAGAGAUGCCAUCAUUAGAACGGAGCUAUCUUCAACUCUUACCACUACUCACGUGCUUCUAAGCCGCCUAUGUCUUUUGGCUAGAACAUACACGCUUGCGUUGCCAGUUCUCGACCACACAAUCUGCCAGUUCUCGACGACGGCCGAUAAGCCUAAUCAUCAGCAGAACGAAUCGGAGAUAGAUAUUACGGCCGACCUCCGGUUGUUCGGACCUCAGUCGAACCUGUCUCAUACGGACCAUUUACGUUACUUCUUGUAUGGUGGAAUGAUUUACAUGGCGCUGAAAAAGUGGAACAAAGCACGUCAUUUCUUGAGCAUUGUCAUCUCUUCGCCUGCCAUCAAUUCAGUCAGCCUGAUUAUGGUGGAAGCUUAUAAAAAAUGGGUCCUGGUGAACUUGUUGGAGAAAGGAGUGGUUGCACCGUUACCAAAAGUCACACCGCCUCUUUCAAUAAAAUUAUACAAGGCUCUUGCAAAACCUUACGACGCCUUGGCCAGCACCUUUGUCGCUGGUGAAGCGGAAAAGUUACGGGGGGAGGCCGAGUUCGGACAUUCCAUCUGGCGCAUGGAUAAAAACACUGGCCUCGUUCAGCAGGUUCUUCUCGCAUUUCGCAAACAAUCCGUUCUUCGACUCAGCUCCACAUUCGCCGCGGUUACUACAAUAGACGUAUCGAGGAGGGCUUUGUCGGGAACAAUGGACACAAACGCAACUGAGCGAUACAUACUCUCUCUUGCAAUCCAAAAACAACUUUCUGCUUCGUUGUCACAUCUUCCGGGGGAGUCAAAACCAUCCAUGCUUCGAUUUUCGACCGCCGGCAACACCCAAAGCACGGAACUGGAGUCUGACUUGGAGAAGCGUCUCUUGCUCCAGCAACAAAAACUUAGUCUUCUGGUUCAUAAUAUACGAACUAGCGACAUAAAACUGGAACUUGGCAGGGAAUACCUUGACUAUUUGCGCAGAGGCCAGAAACACAAUGAAGGCAUGUCCAAGGACGGAGGCCAGAGCGGUAAGACCAAGGGACAAGAUAUCGAUCCAGAUCUCGAUUUCGAUGAGGAUAUGAUGGGCGAUAUGCACUAG